AUGAUAAUAGAAAAUUAGAAACACCUAUUUUAUUAGGGUUGGUUUGCUAAAAUAAUAGAGGUCAAAGUAGAUAAAAUUAACAAUUAGGAAGUCAUUCUGGGAUAAGGGGGAUAUGGAACAGUUUUAAGAGGAAAGAUGAAGAUAGAAAAUAUCAAUAAUACAAAAGAAACAAGGGAAGUUCCAAUUGCAAUAAAAAGAAUUAAACUUUCACCUUUAAAAGAAAAGAAAUCAUUUGGUGAAAAUUAAUUAAACAUGGAAUCUAUAAAACUCGAGCUUUCAGUUUAUGAACAAAUUAAAUCUAAAAAUAUAGUAUAAUUGUAUGGGAGUGAAUAAAAGGACAAUCAUUACUAUUUAUAUUUAGAAUUAUGCGAUGGAAACCUGUUGAAUUGCAUAAUGGAUGAAAAUGGAGAUGCACCACUUAAGGAAGAGUAGGCAAUUAGAUAUUUCAUAAAAAUAUUUGAUACAUUAUAAUUGUUGUAGAAAUCAACGUAUGAAAGAACUGAAAAUAAUAAGGAAUCUUUGUAUCAUAGAGAUAUUAAUGUUAAAAAUAUUCUCAUUAAAAAGUGUGUAAUAGGUUAUCAAAUAAAAUUAUGUGAUUUUGGGAUUGCUUAAUAUAGUGUGCAACCAGGUAAUUAAAAUAAAAAUUUGAUUCAAGAAAUUGGAACACCAGCUUUUAAAAGUCCAGAGAAUUUUCUAAAUCAAUUAUGCGACUAAGAAAAAAAUGAAACUUGGAGUUUAGGAACAGUAUUAGUUUGCCUCUUAUUUGGCUAUAGUUCAUUCAUGGCGAAUAUUCAAUUAUUUAAUAUUGGUAAUAAAGAUGAUCAUUUGAAAUGGAUAAGUCGUCAAAAAAAUCUAAUUUCAACUGAAGUAUAGUAAUUACUCUUCGGAUUAUUAUAAAAAGAACCGAAAGAAAGAAUGGGUUAUAAAUAAAUUAGUGAGUCUUAAUGUUAUAGAUUGUAUGGAAAUUACCCCCCUAGCAGAUCCUUAAUUCCUCGAGGUAUUUAACGCCUAAUGUAUAAUAAUUUUGAAUACUUAACACAACUCUUCAUUAACUUGAAUCAAAAUCUAUAUAAGUAAAUUCCUGAAGAUCUACUAUUUUUUUUAUUCUAGCAUUAUAAGAAUUUGGUCCACAAAUAAUGCUAAAAUUACAGCGGGUAUUACAAAAGUAUAGAUUCUACAGAUCUUAGCCUAUAAACCACUAGUAAUAUCAAUUACAUAGGAAUACCAACCUUAUUAUAAAAAUAUUAUUAGUUUUUUCAAAAUAUACAACUUGAAAAUGAAACCCAAAAUGACGACUAAAUGAUCUUGUUUUGGAGAAAAUUCUCCUAACCAAAUAGAAGGUAUUAGGAUAGCCAAAGAUUUUGUUUUCUUAAUAAUCUGUUUGAAGUUCUUGAUAAAUUAUAGGUCGAAUAAUAAGCACUUGAAAACCAGAUUUUAGAAUUGAACAAAAAAAAAAUGCUCUACUUAGAGAAAGAAGAAAAAUUAUACUCAAAGAAAGAAGAAAAUCUAAACAAAAAACUAUAUGUGAUAGAAAAAUUGAAGGAGGAUAAAGAUGACAAUUUUAAUAAAUUUAAUGACUUGAUUUCAGGUUUAACAUAAUAUUUUGACUGGAAUAAAGAAAAAAUCUGA